AUGCAGGGGAUAUUCAAGAGAGCCUCAAAAAUAUUUCAGCAAACCCGUGCUCUCCUAUGGAAAAAUAUUCUUCUGGCGUGGAGGAUGAAGACAGAAAGUUUUCAGGAAUGGAUUACAUCGGUGGUUUUUCUCUUGAUAAUACAAACAUCAUCAAGUAUGUUAUUCCACCACCCGCGACAAGAAAUUCCUUACAAGUUCCUCGGACGAUUAGAUGAUCCUGCCUUUAACGCUGUGGGAGUUACACUCGCAUACACACCUGUAACAAACACCACCAGGCGAAUAAUGAGCAAAGUGGCUUCGGAUUCUGCAGUGACGGGUAUAAUAAUAAAAGAGGUGGAAAAUGAGAAAAAACUGGAAACAAGAGCAAUUUUGGAGAAAGACAUUAUUGGUGUUGUUUUUAAGGAUGACUUCUCCUACCGUCUCAGAUUUCAAAGCUACAGUGUGGUAUCUCCAGAUGAUGCCCUUGAACACAUCGACACCUGCUUCGAUUUUUCAUCAAGUUACUGCAAAGUCCCUUUGUACUGGUAUGCGGGUUUCCUAUCAGUGCAGUCCAGCAUUGAUGCAGCAGUCAUAGAAAUGAAAACAAACCAUUCUGUCUGGGAAGAGAUGAAGUCAAUUAGCGGUGUUCGUCUGAAAUCACCCUCGAUCAAACCUGUGUAUAAACUGCAUUAUAUUUGGUUCAUUAUUUACAUUAUAUUGUGCUUCUCCCCAUAUAUGUACUUUCUAUCAGUGAAAGUUAUAAGAGAGAAAAAGAAGCUCAAGGUAUUAAUGAGAACAAUGGGUUUGCAAGAUAUCGCAUUCUGGUUAUCCUGGAGCUUGCUGUACACCAUUUACGUUGCAAUAAUGGCAAGUCUGCUGACACUGAUCACGAUUAGAGAAGUCAUCUAUGAUCACAGCUUUUUUGAAUUUUUUUUUUUUUAUUUCUUUUAUGGCAUAGCAUCUAUUCACUUCUGUUUUAUGAUCAGCUCAUUGUUAAAGCAGCCAAAUAUUGCCAGUUUCGUGGGAUUUGUCCUUCACAUCAUCUUUGGAUUGCUGGGCUUUUUGACAUUGUUUGAAAAACUUCCACCGUCUUCGGAAUGGAUUUUUAAUCUCUUCAGUCCUUUUGCCUUUACAGCUGGCAUCUCAAAGAUGAUAAAAUUAGAAAAAUAUGGAUCGGCCUCCACACCAGAAUUGUACCCUUUCUUUAACCUAUACAUCAUACUGACCCUUGACAGUGUCUUGUAUUUGCUGUUGGCCAUCUACUUUGAUAAGGUUUUGCCUGGCAAAUACGGAGUACCAUAUCCACCGACAUUCUUCCUGAGACCGUCAUACUGGUUCAAGCCCAGGAGCGGGUACAUGGGGGUGCGAGCUGGCAGUGAGAGCAGCCACGACCCUGUCCUCAGCAAUAACACCGAGCCGAUGCCUCCAGGCUUCGAUGGGAAGGAAGUGAUCAGACUAAACAAUAUUAAAAAAAUAUACAAGAAGAAGGACAAGAGAACCGAAGCUUUAAGGGGUUUGUUCUUAAAUGUAUAUGAAGGCCAGAUCACUGCAUUACUUGGUCACAGUGGAUCUGGAAAAACUGCUCUCUUAAAUGUGCUCAGUGGAUUUUCCAAGCCUUCAGCAGGUUCUGCAACGAUAUACAACUACAAAGUGUCUGAAGUACAGGAUAUGGAAGAAAUUCAGGCAAUGGUUGGGAUUUGCCCCCAGUUUAAUCUGCAUUUUGAAGCCUUAACAGUGAAGGAAAACCUGAGAACUUUUGCUCACGUCAAGGGGAUUCAGCGGAAGGAAGUAGAGCAAGAGGUGCAGAAAGUUCUCGUGAUGUUGGACCUCACCGACCUUCAGGACAUCCGCGCCGAUACUCUGAGUAGGGGACAAAAAAGAAAAUUGUCUCUUGGAAUUGCAAUUUUAGGGAAUCCUCAGGUGUUACUUUUAGACGAGCCGACGGCUGGGUUGGAUCCCUGCUCCAGGCACCACGUGUGGAACCCUGAACGCCAGGCUGGACGCGUGCCGCUCUUCACGACCCAGUCCAUGCAGGAGGCCGAUGCUCAUGCUGAUCGGAAAGCUUUUCUCUCAAAUGGGAUAUUACAGUGUGUUGGCUCAUCUCUGUACUUGAAGAGAAAAUGGGGAAUUGGCUAUCGCUUAAGGAUGCGCAUAAAUGACCUGUGUGACUCUGAGCUUACAUCAUCCCUGGUCAGACAGUACAUCCCCCAUGCCGUGCUCCAAGAACAGAAGCGGGGUGAGCUGUGCUAUAUGCUACCUCUGGAAAACACUGACAGCUUCCCAGAUCUGUUCAGCCAUCUCGAGAGCAGUCUUUUGCAGGGGGUUGUUAAUUAUGAGGUUAGCAGGACAACCCUGGAAGAUGUUUUCCUGAAGCUGGAGGGCGAGGAAGCCAUUGAUCAAGAAGAAGACAGAGACCUCGAGGAGAGAGACCAAAGCCUCCCGGUGUUUUCCGAACCGGGGAGCGCGGCAGUGAGCGGGAUGGCGCUCUGGAGGCAGCAAGUGUGUGCCGUCGUGAGAGUUCGCUUCUUAAAACUAAAGCACGAAGGAAAGUUUCUCAGGUCCACAUUGCUGUUCUUUGGAAUAUUUAUCCUUCCAAUGCUUAUGAUUUUCAUUGGAUUUCAACUGUGGGACAGCUCCAGCAACUGGGAAAUCACGGCUAGCUCGUAUUUUCUUCCCACUGCAAAGAAAAUUCAAAAUAAGUCGACAAAUCUUCUCAUCUUCAAUGAUACAGGAUCAGAAAUUGAAGAUUUCAUUUCUGCUUUGAAGACUCAAAACAUAAUCCCAGAAAUAACUCUUGAGAAAAACAUCACAAGCAUUCCACUACAUAACGGAGCUAUAAAAAUAUCCCUGGAAGGCAAGAGCUACCGAUUCACGGUCAUGUGCAGUGCAGAACCCAUCAACUGUUUCCCCGUGCUUGUGAAUAUCCUCAGCAACACCUUCCUAAGGCUCUUCAAUUCCACUGCGCGCAUCCGCAUCUGGAGCGAGCUCUUUUACAGUACACAAAGACCAGAAGUAAAGAGUAAUGUUUUUUUCACCUGUCUCAACUACGUGCUGAUUUUGGCUGCUGGUUUGCCACCUCACUUUGCAGUGAGCAGCAUGGAGGAUUACAAGGUAAAAAGCAUGCGGUGA